GUUCCACAUUAUGACAUUAAACUAUCUGCAUGGAGGCAAGCAGGUGACACUAUUAGGUUUAACUACAAGUCAGAUCUGUGGAGACACAACCCUGCAACCCAACACAUGUUGAAGCUAUUGACAUGGACGAUGAACCGGCCGCUGAACUGGAGCACAAAGAGGAGAAACCUGGCGGUCGCCCUCCUAAGAAAUGGCCCACACACUUUGUCACUUUCAGAGCCAAUACUCCUUCCAUCCUGUCUGCUUUCACACAGUUACAGGAGGAACUGACCGCUGCACUGCCCGCCUGCGCCCCCUACUGGAGCACCGCAUCCAGUCUUCACGUCACCCUCUGCCUCCUAGUGCUGCCUGGACCUGAGGAGGUGGAGGCAGCAGAGGAGGUCCUGCGGCGCUUCGCUCGUUGGAACCGAAACCCCCCUGUAGCCGUGACAUUUCCUCCCAAACUCAAGCACUUCAACGGGCGAGUGUUGUACCUGAGCCCUCACCCUCAGCAACACCUCCAUCAACUAAACAGCACCCUACAGGAAGCAUACAAGGAAAAAGGUCUCCUCCAUAAACACUCAUUUAACCCACGAUACCACCUGACUCUGGCCAAGCUGGACUUUGAGGAGGAGAGGAUCUUUGAGGGGGUGGAAAAUUUAAAGGUGGGAAAGGGCCUAAACUUUGGUCGUCUGCCUGUUAACACUUUGCAUCUUUGCGCCAUGGGAGGGUGUACAGUAGAUGGAUUUUAUGAGAUUUUGUGCACAGUAACUCUUCGUUAAAAGGGGGAAUCUGUUUCACUUAAGCCAUUUACACAGUUUAUCAAAGUUUAUUUAAGUAAUUUAACUGGAGAUAAACCAGAUGAGGCCUUUGUUUACAGAUAGAAAUCUUUUGUAAAACAAUUGUAACGGUUAUGAAAUUCUUUGCACAGUAACUAUUUGAUAAAGAGGAGGAUCUAUUGCUAACUAACCCCAUAAUUUACUAUAAAGGGAAGUAAUUUUGACUGGGAAUAAAUCAAACAAGGCCUUUGUUUACAGAUUAUAUAGAAAUCUUUUGUAAAAUGAUUGUAACGGUAAUGACAUUCUUUGCACAGUAACCAUUUGAUAAAGAGGGGAAUCUAUUACACUUAAACUAACGCCAUAAUUUUCUAUAAAUGAAUGUAAUUUUGACUGGGGAAAACCCAGACGAGGUGUUUGUUUACAGAUUUUACAGAAACCUUUGAUAAAAAUAUUGUAACUGGGAUAUUGAUGCUAAAGAGUAGACAUAGUGCAAUUAUAAUGUAUUGAAUUAUUUAUGAUUUAAAUAGACAUUUCAAACAGCAUUUUAAACAGAAUUGAUUAAACACUAAGGAUGGACUAAAGUAUGAACGCUAAAACGCGGUGAUGUAAUCUUUGUAAGACUGAUGAAGAAAAUAUAUAUAUAAAAAAUACAUAAAUUUUUUAACAUAAAACAUUUACAUUGAUAUAGCAGCAGCACAUUUUUGCUCAUAAUUCAGUUUUAGUGCCUGUUUCCGUUGUAUGUUGCAUCGGAGGUGUUCAAUAAGCAUCAUACCUUUAUAAUGAACUAUAUCCAGCCGACAUUAAAUAUUGAUUUGGUGACUUUAAA